AGAUCAUCACACAGUUUCUGUUCUUCACAGAUGUAGAAGAAACUUUCACGACAACAAACUGAAACCUGAUUAAACAACACAGGCUGUCGAAAAUCUGGAAAUUGUCAACUAAACCGGGUGACACUCAGGGUCGUCUGAUGAGCGGUCGGUGCUGAUGUGAGUGACGUUGGGUCGGGUCACUUUAACUCACCUGCACUGGAAUGGACUGUGGCAAACAUGUGUGUUGCCAUGGUGAUUAUUCACACUAAAACACUGGACAAGAAACCCGUUGAUGAUGUAACAUCUACACCGUCUCUGCAGCUGCACGAGUCCCCAACCAUGAGCCAGGGGACGGCCCUCUUCUCCUGUGGAAUCAUGGAAUCGGGUCGGUGGACCGAGGUCAGCAGGGGCUGUGGUAUCCAGCAGCGGCCCGUAGGUUCCAGUCUGGAGAGCCUUUGGACCGGCGUGGAGGAGACGCGCUCUGCUCGCGAAGCGGGUGCCAUCAGUGGUUUGCUGUGCGAUUUGAGUCUGAGUGAAGCCCCAUCUCCUGCCGGUGCCGCUCCGCCCAGCAAACGUCAGUGCCGUUCGCUUUCCUGCUCCGACGAGCUGGCCGGGUGCCGGUCCGCGUGGCGACCGCAGGGCUCGCGGGUUUGGACGACCGUGGAAAAACGUCGCUGUCUUAGCGGGGGUAGCGUCCAGCGCGGAGGUUCAUCCUCCGUAUUCAGCCAGACAGGAUUUCCUGUGAUGCAGCGCAGUUCCAGCUUCAGUCUGCCCGCACGCACAAACCAGCUGGAGUCCUUCGGCCGCACAUUUACAUUCCACGCCUCCUCCGAUGCACCUCAGCAGGCUCACUACCUCUCUCAAGAGCAGAUCUCCCCGAUUGAAGCCGGCGGGCCAUCGGAGACCAGCUCUCCUGACAGCACUCCUGAGUUGGAGCGACGCGGCGGUAAGGGGGGUCUGGCACGCAGCCGCUCGCAACCUUGUGUCCACAAUGACAAGAAGACCGGCGUGAAGCGCAGGAGACCAGCAGAUAGUCACAAACAGAGACCUUCGUUGGAUCUGCUGAAGAUGACAGAGAAGCUACCGGAUUUUCACAGCCUCAGCUGUCCUGGUUUCACCGGAGACGACUGUCCAGCGUUUGCGUUUACAGGUGAAUCGUUGCAUAUGGGGGGUGACGUCACAUCAUCUCAUCGGCAGUCAUCUGACAACAGCUGGGCAGCAGGGCUGACCAACGGCAAGGAGCGUGAGCGUUUGUGGGCAGGGCUGUGUAGCGGGAGGGGGCGGGAUGUGUUCCAGCUGGGCGGAGAAUUGGACAUUGAACAGAUUGAAAGAAACUGAGACACGUCGAGCUCAAUGCAGCUCUAAUGCUCCCAGAAUUCCUUGCUGUUGGAGUAUUAUGGGAUGACGCUUCAGUAAGUGAACAUAUGUAAUCGACUCAGGGUGACGCACAUGGAGGACGUGUUCAUCUUAACGUGAUCUGCGCUGAAGUCUGGCGAGCUUUGUGUUGUGGAUGAAAACACACGUUUAUGGUAGUCAUGAUUAGUGCCGUGUCACACAUGAUGACACUUGGGACAAAAGUCAGACGCAGCAGGUGAACACAAACACACGCGCAUACACAAACAAACAAACAAACACACACACACACACACACACACACACACACACACACACACACACACACACACACACGCAUACACAUAAUAAAGGGCUUCAGAUGUGUAACAAUAGUAAUAUCAGGUAUUUCAGUUCCUCACUGGUGAUGAAAAGCUAUUUAGAAAUAUUUUUGUCUUUUUACAAUAUAGUAACUACAGAAGUAAAUGUACUUAUUUCUAUAUGAAUAAACAUUUUAAUGUGUU